AAAGACAGCAGCUUGAAAAGAAAUCCGGACAGAAAUAAGAGAAACUCGUAGUAGAGCAGGUCUAGGAGAAAAUUCUUCAGGUAAGAAAUAGUACGGUAGAAGCAGAAAUGGGGGCAGGUCAGGCGAUGAAGAGAAUCCCACGCAUCAAAUUUCCUCAAAGGCAUCUCAACUUCUCUGGUACAACACGCCAGAUCGAAGAAAUGUCUGCAAGGGCUGACGUUCACAAGAAUGACGAUCUUGUUCGAGAGUUUUUCUCAAGGUCUGCAUCCAGUAUGUCAGUGGGAGGGAAGGCUUCUGAUCAGCCCAAAAGAACUCCAGUGUCUCAAGAGGAGAUUGAAGCUAUCAUGUUGGGUGGCUGUAUCUGAUCCUCCGCCAGUGCUUUCCGAAUAGAUGUUAACAUUCAAGCAAGUUCCGUGUUUUGUGAAUUACUGAAGACUGCUUUCAUAAAUUUCAGGAGUAUACUUAUUGACCAACUCCUCUAAAACCUACUUCUAAUUACCGAAUACAAACUCCCUUGAAUAUUGUGGUCGGAAAAUUAAAUGUGCAUGUAUUUUUAUCUACAUUACUUGAGUUUUUUACUGAUAAAGACCCAUCAGUGUGCAUAUGCACCAUGGAACAUGGUCAUUAUUUGUGAUUUCCAAUACGUGAAUUUGUAUUCGUCAAUGUCCUUGUCUCAUGGAGUGGAUUCUGAUUGCAAAAUGGAAUGAAACUUAGUUCCAGCUUC